AUAAAAAUAUUUUAACAAUUUUUUUUUCUUGAAAUUUUAAAUAAAUUUAAAAAAAAAUAUGUCAAAUAAUUUGUUUUUAAUUGAUUUACAAUUUUAAUAUUUGAAUUUGCAAAAAAUAAAAAAAUAAUAAAAAAUUUUAUUGUUUAUUUUGCAAAUUUUUAACAUCUUUUUAUUAAUAAAAUUAAUAUUUUAAUAAAACAAAUUAAAAUCAGUUUUAUAUUGCUUACACACUUUAAGUAUGGCAAGGUAUAUUAAUUUAUCGCAUCACAUAAAUUUUACAAAUUUACCAUCACCAAAAGAUCGAUUCGAGCUCCUCGAUUUAAUUGGCGAGGGUACUUAUGGUGAAGUUUAUAGUGCUCGAGAUCGUGAAACAAAUAAAAAGGUAGCUGUAAAAAUACUUGAAAGUAUUGCUGAUAAUAUUGAAGAAAUCGAAGAAGAAUAUUUAGUGUUACGUGAUCUAUCAAAACAUCCAAACCUACCAGAAUUCUAUGGUAUAUGGUUAAAUAAAGGAAAUGUUAUAGAAGAUGAUCAAUUAUGGUUUGUAAUGGAGCUGUGCGAUGGUGGAUCAGUUACUGAUCUUGUUCAUGGUCUUAGACUUAAAAAUAAAUAUUUAUCCACUGAUCAAAUAGCAUACAUUGUUUAUGAAAUGUUAAAAGCUCUUAUAUAUUUACAUGAAAAUCAUUGUAUGCAUCGUGAUAUUAAAGGUCAUAAUAUUUUAUUCGAUGAUGAUGCUAAUAUAAAAUUAGUUGAUUUUGGUGUAAGUUCACAUUUAGCAGCAACAUUAGCACGUCGUAAUACAAGCGUUGGUACACCAUAUUGGAUGGCUCCAGAAGUUAUUGCAUGUGAACAACAAUUAGAUCAAUCAUAUGAUUCACGUUGUGAUGUAUGGUCUGUUGGAAUAACAGUUAUUGAAUUAGCUGAAGGUGAACCACCAUUAAGUGAAUUACAUCCAAUGAGAGCACUUUUUCAGAUACCAAGAAAUCCACCACCAGCCCUAUCAAAACCAGAUUUAUUUAGCCCACAAUUAAAUGAUUUUAUUGCAACAUGUUUAGUUAAAGAUUUAGAAAAUAGACCAUUUGCUAGAGAAUUACUUGAUCAUCCAUUUUUACAAAAUAUUAAUAAAAGGUGUACACAAGCACGUAUAGAAUUGAAAGAAAUUAUUGAAAUGCAAAAGGUAGAUGGUCGAGUAACACGACAUGCUGAAGUUACAACAAAACAUGGAAAAUUAAAAUCAGAUCGUAAAUCGAAGCCUAAAAAAAUCUAUUUAGACGAUUUAGCCGCUUUGGAAGCUUUAACUGAAAAUGCAAUAGUUGAACAACUCGAAAAACGUUUUGAAGACAAUCAAAUUUAUACAUAUAUUGGUGAUAUUCUUGUAGCUGUUAAUCCAUUUGCUGAAUUAGGUUUUUAUACAACACAAAAUCAAAAACGUUAUGUUGGAAAAUCACGUUCAGAUAAUCCACCUCAUAUAUUUGCGGUUGCAGAUGCUGCUCAUCAAGCUCUAAUUCAUCAAAAAACAAAUCAAGCUAUUGUUAUUUCUGGUGAAUCGGGUUCUGGUAAAACUGAAAGUGCUAAUUUAUUAUUAAAACAACUUGUUUAUUUAGGAAAGGCACCAAAUAGAAAUUUAGAAUUGCAAAUUCUACAAGUAAAUCCUAUAAUGGAAGCUUUUGGUAAUGCACGUACUGGUAUUAAUUCAAAUAGUUCAAGAUUUGGAAAAUAUUUGGAUUUAACAAUGACACGUAGUGGAAAAGUUACUGGUGCUAGAAUAUCUGUAUAUUUAUUAGAACAGAGUCGAGUUGUACAACAAGCUGAUGGUGAAGGAAAUUUUCAUAUAUUUUAUUAUUUGUAUGAUGGUCUUGAGUCUGAAAAUCGUCUUGCACAUUAUCAUUUAGAUCCAGCAUUUCGAAAACAUCAUAAAUAUUUAGCUGAUACACGAACCCCGAGUUAUUUAAAUGUUGAACGUUGGAAACAAUUGAUGUCAAGUUUUAAAGUUCUUGGUUUUCGAAAUGAGGAAGUGGAUACUGUUAAUAGAGUUUUAUCUGCAAUAUUAAAUUUAGGUGAUUUAGAAUUCGGUGAAGCUGUUUCAAAUGAUAAUACAGAUCCGAAAGCAAGAAUAAUAGAUGUAGCACCGGUACAUCGUGUUUCAAAAUUGUUAGGCAUUGAAGUAAGUGAACUCGUUGAAGCUUUAACAUCGAAUUCAGUUGUUACUAAAGGUGAAACUAUAACAAAAAAUAAUACCAUGUUUGAAGCUGGUGCAGCACGUGAUGCAAUGGCUAAAGGUCUAUAUGGAAGAUUAUUUGAUUGGAUGGUUAAUCAAAUUAAUUUAAUACUAUCGUUUAAUAAAUUAAGUUGCAAUGAGCAGCUUUCGGUAGGAUUACUUGAUAUAUUUGGAUUUGAAAAUUUCCCAAAGAAUUCAUUUGAACAAUUAUGUAUUAAUAUAGCUAAUGAACAAAUACAGUAUUAUUUCAAUCAACACAUAUUCACCUGGGAGCAACAGGAGUAUAUUGCUGAAGGGAUUCCAGUUGAUCUUGUUGAAUUCAGUGAUAAUAGGCCAGUUUUAGAUAUGCUUUUAAGUCGACCUUUAGGACUUUUAGCUUUACUCGAUGAAGAAAGUCGUUUUCCUCGUGCAACAGAUCGUACUUUUAUUGAAAAAUGUCAUAAUAAUAUUAAAUCAAAAUUUUAUAUUCGACCAAAAUCUGAUGCAUGUUGUUUUGCAAUUCAACAUUUUGCUGGUCGUGUUAUAUAUCAGGCGGAUUCAUUUUUAGAAAAGAAUCGAAAUUUCUUACCUGCUGAAGUUAUACAAUUAGUACGUCAGAGUAAAAUUGAUAUGGUGCGAUUCUUAUUCCAAUGUCCAAUUACAAAAACUGGAAAUCUAUAUAAUGCUUUACAAAUGCAAGAAGCUCAUUGUAAUUUAAGGCAUCCGAAUUUACAAAAAAUAAUUGAAAGUGCAGAUCGUUGUAAUUCAAGAGGUUUAGCAUCACAAUCAAGAGCACAACAAACAGUUUCAACAUAUUUUAGAUAUUCAUUAAUGGAUUUAUUACAAAAAAUGGUUGCUGGUUCACCACAAUUUGUUAGAUGUAUUAAACCGAAUGAUCGAAGGCAGGCGAAUACUUUUGAACCACAAAAAGUUUUAAAACAAUUACGUUAUGCUGGUGUUAUGGAAACGAUACGUAUAAGACAAUUAGGAUUUUCUCAUCGUUUUACAUUUGCUGAAUUUUUAAAACGUUAUUGUUUUUUGGCUUUUGGUUUUAAUGAAAAUAUUGUUGCUAAUCGUGAAAAUUGUCGUCUCUUGCUAGUACGGCUAAGAAUGGAUGGAUGGGCUUUAGGCAAAACAAAAGUAUUUUUGAAAUAUUAUCAUGUGGAAUUUUUGGCUCGUCAAUAUGAAGAAAAUGUUCGUAAGGUUAUUCUAUUGCAAUCUUGUAUUAGAAUGUGGCUAUGUAGAUUAAAAUAUAAACGUUCAUUAGCUGCAAUGAAUAAAACUGCAAUUACUCUACAACGUUACAUACGAGGCUAUUUAACAAGACGUAAUGUACAAGAAAUGAAAGAAAAUAGAAAACGAGAAUUAAAGGAAUUAGAAUUAUUAGCCAAAGAAAAGAAAGCAAAAGAAAAUCAAAAUAUUAAGAAACAAAAGAAACAAAGUAGUAACAAUAACCGGGUAGAUAAAGAAAACUUAAAUAAGGAUGUAGCUGCAACAAUUAUUCAAAAUUAUUACCGAAGUUAUUCGAUUAGAAAGAAGAAACUUCCACCAGAACAAGAAGCUAAAGUAAAAAUUGUUUUAAAUACAGCCAGAAAUCGUAUUGAAGCACUUCGAAUGUUGCAAAAAGAAGGCUUUAAAACUGAUGAUGCUGAAAGAAUAAUACAAAAAUAUUUUACAACACAAAAGAAAUCUAAUCAAAUUGGACGUGUUGAUAUAAUGCCAGCCGCAAAACGUGUUUUAACACCAAAAGAUCAACAAGUUGAAUUGGCUUCAUUUGCGCAAAAGGUUCAUAGUAGAAACCAAGACAUACAUAAGAAUUUACGACGUAAUCGUGAUAGUGUGCCAAUGAAUAAAAUUGAAAAAUUACCAGAUAAUUAUAAGCGUCCACCAGGAUUUGUUCUGAUACCAGGAUUAUUGGGAAUAAAUAAUUUAUUAUCAGGAUCAAAUUUAUCUGAUAAAUCAAAUUCAGGCUCAUAUUAUGAUUUAUUACAAAAGGAGGAGAUAGCAAGAAAUAAUUCCUUGGAAAAUGAACCGCUUAAUUCUUUAGAAAGUUCAGAUAUAAAAUGGGAUUUACCAUUUUCACAAAAGGAAAUUUAUCAACGUGAAAUUGACAGGAAACAACAAAGCGUGGUUAUGUCAAGUCGCGAAGAUAUACUUGGAUCUAGAUUAAUAAAUUCAGCAUAUUUAAGGCAAUCGCCAUCACCAAAUAAUGGGCCAGAUAAAAAUUAUGGUCCGUCUGGUCAAACCAAAAUACCAUCAUUUAGUUAUUUGAAUCCACCAGAAAAUAAUAAUCCAGUACAAUUAACAAAUUUUCGUCGACAAAUUAAUCGUAAAUCACCACCUGAAAUUAAUUCAAAUGGUUUACGUUCAAUAUCAAAUAUAAGACCAACAAGUAGACAAAGACAAAGAUCACCACCACAACUUAAUCAAAGAUUUGGUAAAAUACGUUCUCAAUCAAGUCAUUCAUAUUUAUCAAAUGCUGAUUUAAUAACACCAACAAAACUCAAUGACACCAGUAAUAAUAAUAAUAAUAAUAAUGCAAAUAACAACAAUAAAAGUAAUAAAACUGAAACAAAUGGAAAAUAUUUAUUUGGAUUUUUACAUUCAAAACAAAAAGAGAAUAAUGUUAAAAAUAAUAAAGUGAAACGUUCACAAAAUAUUCCACCAAAUGGUAAUUUAAAAAAAUCAUCAAAAAAGAAUGAUAUUAAAAGUGAUAUAAUAAUACCGGUAAAACGUGGACAACAAUUAAAUAAUAAUGAUUAUCAAAAUAUUAAUGAUAAUGGAAAAUCAAAUAUAAAUAAAAAUGAUAAUAAUAAUAAAAUUGAAAAUGAUAAAAAUAUACAACCAAAUGAAAUUGAAAUUGCUGCCAGAAAAGUUGUCUAUCGAAAAUUUGGUGAUACAAAUAAUUUACCAAAAAGUAAAACUAAACAAAAUUCAUCAAAUGGUGGUAUACAAGUUCCAAGUAUAAUGAAUUUUUCAAAAGAAACUGAAAGAAAACGAUUAUUAAAUAGCAAUAGUAAUAUUAAAAAUCAAGUUAAUUUAAAUACAAGAGCUACAAAUUUAUCAUCAUUUGCCAAUUUAAAUUCUAAUAAUAAUAACAAUAAUAAUAAUUAUAAUCAAAGAUUAAAUUAUGAAAAACAACAAAUAUCAAAAUAUUUAAAUAUUGAAGUACAACCACAACAAUUAUUACAAAAAAAUAAACAACAACAACAACAACAAAAUAAUAAUUUACAACGUUAUCCAUUACGUAAUAAUCGUUUUAAUACGCCAAUUCAUACCAAUAAUAAUAAUAUACCACCAUAUAAUAAUUUAGCUACAACAAAUAAAACAUCAACAUCAAUAAUUGCCGGUACAAAUUCAAGUCAUUCAUCAACUGAAUCAUCUAUUGAAAGGGAAAUAUUUUUGCAACGAAGAAAUUAUCGUAAUGAAUUACAUAGAAAUAACAAUAAUAAUGGCAAUAAUAUUGAUAACAAUAAUAAUUCUGGUGUUAUCGGUGAUGGUCAAUCAUAUUUGGGACCAUUUAAUUUUCGACAAUAUUUACGUCCAACUCAAGGACCAACUGAAUCAUUAAGAAAACGUAAAGGUAUUAAUCCACCUACACCACCUCCACCACAGAGGGGCAAAACAAUUUUAUAAAUAUACAUUUUAAAAAGAUGACAUUAUAGGAAAAAAAAACUAUAACAUAUACUACUAUACAUGAAUAGUAGUUAAUUAAAAUUUAAUUAAAAAUUAAAAAAAAAAUAAAAUAACAAAAAUCUAUACACAUACAUACAUGCGGUGUACUAUUAUAUAUUUUUUUAAUUAUUUAAUAACUAGAAAUUUUAUUUUAUUUUAUAAUUGUACCAAAAAGUAGCUAUUUCUUAACUUUAAUUAAUAAUAAUAAAUAUUAUUACUAUUAUUAUUUACUUUGUAUUAUAUAAUUAUGUACUUUUAUUUAUUUUAUUAUAUGCAUAAUUUUAUUAUUAUGUUUAAAAUAAAUUUAAUGUGUAAAACAAAUUAUUAAGAAUUUCUUAUAAAUAAAGAAAACAUGGAAAUUUUAUAAUUUAGAGAAUAAUAAAGAAAUUAAAUAAUAUUUGAGAA